AGCAAGCAAACUUGGGAGUAAGUCUGGAUAGCGACCAUACCGUCCCAACUCUGGAAAUAUAGAACUGAAGUGCAAUGGACUUGAGCACGGGAAUGCAGAAGAUGUCGGUGGGGCAGCCGCCAGCGGGAAGGGGCGCGGCAUGUCUGACAUGUAAAGGGAUCUGCUCUGGAUUCCAGCCACAUUCCUGGAGAAAGGCCUGCGUUGUGUGCCGGUGCAGCCAGGAGGAGCAUGCCCCGAGCUCAGACAGCGAGGACGACCGCAAGAUGGGCCGUCUGCUGGCCGACUCGCGCUACGCCCACUUGACCGCCAAGGUGAAGGGUGGCGAUGGGCUGCGCGUCUACAAACGGAACCGCAUGAUCAUCACCAACCCUGUGGUCUCCCGCAAGGACCCCACAUUCAACACCAUCACCUACGACUGGGCCCCACCCGGCCUCACCCAGAAACUGGCCAUUCUGUACAUGGAGCUGUUGCCAGAGGAGAAACGCCCGGUGACUGGCACUGAGGGAGCACUGUACCGGCGCAGGCAGCUGAUGAGACAGCUUCCUGUGUAUGAUCAGGACCCCGCCCAGUGUCACAGGCUGUCCGAGGCUGAGGCCAAAGCCAUGGCCCUUUUCGUGAAGAGCUACAAGGAGGAGGCGUUGGGUGUGGGCGAAGUGGCGCUGCCUGGGGAAGCACGGGCAUCCAAAGAUGACACGGCAAAGCAGAAGGAUGGGAAGGGCUCCCAGGACCGCCAGGACUCCAGCCCCACGGCCAAUGGAACUCUGGGAGACUGUGGGAAGAAGAGCGAAUAUCACUGUGACCACUGCCAGGAGCUAGCAGCCAGCGACAGCCCAGUGGUAUAUGCUGAGAGGGCAGGGUACGAGAGGCUGUGGCACCCAACCUGCUUUGUGUGCGCGGAGUGCGGGGAGGCGCUGGUGGACCUGGUCUACUUCUGGAAGAACGGGGCCCUGUUGUGCGGCCGGCACUACUGCCAAAGUUUGAGACCUCGCUGUGCUGGCUGUGAUGAGCUGAUCUUUUCGGAGGACUACCAACAGGGGGCAGAUGGCUUGGCUUGGCAUAAGGAGCACUUCUGUUGCUGGCAGUGUGGCCAGUCCCUUAGUGCCCAGUGUUCUUGUCACAGUCACCCCAGGCCAGUCUAAAUCCCCAUGUUAUCUGCAUGCGAGCCCACAUUGUAGGCACUUAUAACCCCACUUUGGGCUUGCUAGCAGAGAGAGGGUGGGGCAGCAAAAAGAAAGUAGAGUAGUCCAUAACUGAGCAUCAGCAGUGGUGAGUGCAGAGAUGGCCUGUAAUAAUAUACUAACAUCAAGGCUGAGUCUUUCCAGUCCUGAAUAAGGAGUUCCAAAUUAGUUAUGUGUUCUAAUAUAUACAAAAACACACUCCCUUUAUAAGGAUCAGAUUUGUUUAAAGUGAUUUGAUUCUAAAAACAUCCUUUAUUCUUCUGUGAGGAGCAUUUUAUAUAGGGUUUAUUUAGGUUUUCUCUUGGCAGAGAUUAUAUUAGGCGGCACUGUACUCGGAUGUUGCAAGAUAAAUAUACAGUGCUCAGUGUGCCAUGAUAUGAUGUAAUGCACUAACUAGCUUGUGUUGGAGGCAUAUGAGAGAGGAUUUGAUUUGUUGGGAGGGCCCUUUUAUAUGAUCCAGAAAGACAUGGUUUAUGAACCUGUGGUUCUGAGAUCUGAAUCGCAUUGACUUCUCUUGUACAUACAGUGACUCAGUGAUAAACAAUGUGUUGUCCCUACCCUAUUGAAUGAUGCACAUUCACACUGUUGGUUAAAGCCCCUUUGUGCGAUUCCAGAGGGGAUGUGCUGGGGCCAAACCCAGCACACAGCAAAUAGAUACUUUACAGUCAGCCAAGAGGGGAGGAGGAGGAAAAAAACACUUAGCAGUAAUGUGUAAAGACAGAUGUUUUGACCUAGAAAAGCUGUAUGUAAUAAAAGCAUUCUUCCUCUUUCCCAUUUAAAUAAUUUGUUUCUGACCGUGUUGAAACUGACAGGACUGGCAAGCUUGGGGGUUUGUUGCUGAGAGGGCAACUUGAAAUUCUGAAAUGAGGCCGAUGCAGGUCCGUACUGUGCUUUUAGUGGAAGCGUGAUUGUAAAUAUUUGAUAAUGCUGUGAGGAGGAGCGGUCUCUGAGAGGCCUCUGAAAGCACAGCCCUAUAUUAUGAGGAGUUACCAUGGUCUGAGCUUUCAGAGUGUGGGAGAUUGAUGGCUUCACACUAAACCCUGGAUCAUUUAGUGUCGGGCCCCCGUUGCCAUCAGUUAGAGGAGGAAAAAUGCUUACAAAGCUUGCCCUGUAUUUAUGGAGCAAAAAAAAGAUGACGUGUAUCCUUGCAUUAAUGUGCAAGCCGCUUUUAAUUUAAAGGAAAUUCUAAGAACACACUGCCCAUUCACAAGCACUUCUAUUGUGAAAGCAGUAAGGCUGUAUAAUACUGGUAUAUUGUUGAUAUUUAUGAAACAGUAUAGAUAUCCAAACAUGAUGAUGAGAAAACAAACCCGGAGGUACUAAGGACAGAACUGUUUGGAGUGUGUUUAGAGGUGACUUAAAACGCAGGAUACUGUCUCAAACCUUUCAUACCUAUAACUUUCCAAAAAGUGAGACAUUCUAAACUCACUAAACUGGAAUUAGUUGGUGGUCAGGAAUCUCCAUGCUUCAUGCAUAAGCUUAUUUAUGAAUCAUAAAAUUGAAAUUUAGUGGGCUUGUUCUUCAUUUAUGUAAAAGUUACUAGGAUUGUUAUUGCAAGGCAAGAUUUUGGGGUUGCAUUUUAGUUGUAAAACAGUGACUUUGAAAAUGUAAUAUGACUAUGGGUGUGCUUUUGCUUUCAGAUAAGAUCUAAUGAAUAUUUUUGUCUUUAUCCUUUAAAAGCUCUUUUUUCAUUGAUGUUUAGUGACAUGGCUUAUUUGCAAUACCUGAAAAAUGAAGCCAGGUUAAUGCAUUGUGUUGUUUGUUUUAAAACAGUUUGAUUGUGUGAUCUAGGUAUUCAUGUUGACAAUGACAACUCUGUUGAUCAUGGAGGGUUUUCCCAUUUAACUACAUGAUUUACUUUAUUAAAUAACUUCAUAACUUUAAUAUUUCUAUUUUCAGUGUUUGUCCUGACUUAUAUAUUUCCAUAUUUAUAUAUUUUUCUUCAGAAAUGUAAUGUGCCUCAUUUUAUUAAAUAAAACAUCAAAAAUCAGUUGACCUCAUAAUUUGCAAUUACAGAU